AUGAAGAUCUUAAUGCCUCAUGAUGGUCCAGAUAUUGCACCAAUCGAAUCCUCGUGUUUAUUGUCAAUCCCGGCGGGGCGUGACAUUGGCAGCGUGAUAGAGGGUAAGCCUGUCCUAAUAUUGGAGCUUGACGGCCUAUUGUGGGGUUAUGUGCGGGAGAAUUUACUGCCCGAUGAGCUGUCUCCGGGCGGCUUGUCCCCGCAGACGCCGACUGCGCCCGAGCCGCUCCCGCUGAGCAAAGAGCUUGCCGACGCCGCCGCUACCGAGAAGGUCAAGCCAACUGAACCAGAAAACAACGACGGACGCCUCGGAGACUUGCAUUUCAAGCUACGAUAUGAGAAGGAGAAGAGUGCGCUGGUCGUGUCCGUGGUAUCAUGCCAGGGUCUGCCGGGCCGCGAGCCUGCCGGACCCGAUCCUUACGUCAAGCUGCAACUGCUCCCCGACAAACAGCACAAGGUUAAGACAAGGGUUGUCCGCAAGACUCGCUGCCCCGUGUACGACGAGGACUUUACGUUCUACGGCCUCGCACCGCACCAGCUCACCGCCAUCACGCUGCACUUCGUCGUUCUUAGCUUUGACAGAUACUCCCGCGACGAGAUAAUCGGCGAGGUGGUGUCGCCGCUGUCGGGGCUGCAACUGCACAGCGGCGAGGCCAUGGCGCUCUGCCGCGAGAUACAGCCGCGAAGCCUCAAGGUACAACUGUCCUGUCACUAUUUGGGACAUCUUUAAACACAUUCUAUAAUGAACUACUGUUUCUAACGAUUAAUAUCAUUUCCACUAGUGUGGCUGUGAGUCUUAGGAGAAAUCUCAGUCCCGCUAAUAAUGACCUUAUGAAAAAUCAUUUACGUUGCGAUGUUUAAAUGGAUGGAUGUUUGUUAGAGUUUGUAGCCUAAA